CCGGGAUCAGUUCGGAGCUCCCGGCUCUCUCCAAGCUCCGGUUCCGCUCCCGAACCGGGACGGGACCGAAAACAGAACCGGGAACGGCCGGGAUGGGAGCCGGGACCACCGGGAACCGAUCCGGGACCACCGGGAGGGGAUUCGGGACCACCGGGAUCCUCCUGCUCCUCCUGGCAGCGGCGGCGGCGGCGACACCGAGCACAGCGCACCCCCCGUGCCCUCCCGACCAUUUCCAGUGCGGGGACCUCUCGUGCCUAUCGCGACAUUUCCAAUGCGACGGCGACCGCGAUUGUCCCGACGGGCGGGACGAGCUGGGCUGCGCCCCUCCCCCCACGCCGCCCUGCCCCCCCUCCUCGUUCCGCUGUCGCGACAGCGGCUGCGUGCCCCGCCUGUGGCGCUGCGACGGCGAUCGCGACUGUCGCGACGGCAGCGACGAGGGGGAGGAGCUGUGCGGGACGCCCCGCCCCCCCCCGCCCUGCCCCCCCCCUGCAGUUCCCCUGCGGCUCCGGGGAGUGCGUGGCCAGCAGGUGGCGCUGCGACGGUGUCGCCGAUUGUCGCGAUAG